AUGAACGGCUUCGCGGACCAAGGCCUCUCCGAGGACAGCUUCGGGCCCUCCGGCGGCGGGCUGCAGGCAUUCGAUGCUUUUCCCAAGACGAAGAAAACGUACCUCCAGCAGACGACGCAGGGCGCCAACUGGACGCUGCUCUUGAUAGUAACAUGUGUGUGGCUCUCGAUCACGGAGACGAUGCGCUGGUGGGUGGGCGAGACGUCGCACACGUUCAGCGUCGAGAAGGGCGUCGGGCACGAGAUGCAGAUCAACCUGGACAUCGUGGUGGCCAUGCGCUGCGACGACCUGCACGUCAACAUCCAGGACGCUUCGGGCGACCGCAUCCUCGCCGGAUCCGCACUGACCAAGGACCACACGCGCUGGCUGCAAUGGGUCGAGAAGAGCAAAAACGUGCACAAGCUGGAGCGCAGCCAGGGCCAGAAGCGGUACGAGGAGGAUGAUGUGCACGACUACGUCGGCGCCAAGGUGAAGAGAAAGUUCCCCAAGACGCCGCGCUUCAGGGGCGCUGCGGACUCGUGCAGGAUCUACGGCAGCCUGGAUGCGAACAGGGUGCAGGGUGACUUCCACAUCACGGCGAGAGGCCACGGCUACAUGGCGUUCGGCGAGCACUUGGAACACAGCCAGUUCAACUUCUCGCACCAGAUCAACGAGCUCUCGUUCGGCCCUUACUACCCCUCGCUCACCAACCCGCUCGAUGACACGCGCCUCGUGACGCCGACGGAGAACGACCACUUCUACAAGUUCCAGUAUUAUCUUUCGGUCGUACCAACGGUGUACACGGACAACAGCCACAACAUUGUGACCAACCAGUACGCGGUGACGGAGCAGUCCCACAGCGUGUCGGAGGUGUCGGUGCCGGGUGUUUUCGUGAAGUUCGACAUCGAGCCUAUCAUGCUCACCAUCUCCGAGUACAACGGCGGAUUCCUUGCGCUACUGAUCCGGCUGGUGAACGUGGUUAGCGGCGUCAUGGUCGCGGGUGGGUGGUGUUUCAGAGUGGGCGAGGCGCUGGUGGAGUUCUAUGGCAAGAGAAAGAACCGGGGUGAUGGGUUGGGUGUUCUGCAUGGAAGGACGCCUAGCUACGACGAGAAGCGGAGCAUCUGA